AUGGAUCGGGUGAUCGUGUUUUUCAUUUUAUUCGGUAUCGUUUACUUUUUGGAGUCAAUCGGAGGUUUUUACAUGACAAGUGCUGUCGUCUACAUUGAGAAACAGUUCCAAAUUCCAAGUCGUUUGGCUGGAACAAUGGUUUCCGCUGGAGAUUUCGCCUACAUACCAGUGGUCGUUUUCACGAGUUACUUUGGCGGAAAGGGUAAUCGUGCCCGGUGGAUCGGUGGUGGGUGUAUUCUGAUUGCGAUUGCUAAUCUGAUGAUCUCCUCAUCGAAUUUCGUCUUUCCCGUCGAGGAGUUUCACCUCGAUGGAAACAAUGUCCCAACAGCACUCGCCUACGAGACGGCACGAUUGCAAAAUCGAUCGGAAGUGGUGACUUUCGAGAAGUUUUUGGAGAAAGUCGACCCGAAAGGGGAACUUCAAGCGGCUUAUGCUGGUCAGAAACUCCCGAAAUUGCAUUUCUCAUCUCCGUUCUCGAAAUAUCAAUUGUUGUGCUUUUAUGAAGAGAAAAACACGGUGUGCAAAAGGAUUACGGAGCUUCUCAGUCCGCUAGUGAGCGUCGGCGAGGAAUUGAUGGCCGGCAAAAGAACGCCGAAACCGAAUGCGCUGAAAGAGAAGAGCUCAGCGGGUCCAUUCAUCACCAUUUUCACCGGAUUGCUCAUUUUGGGAGUCGGCAGAACAAUGCCCUUCUCUCUUGGCCUUCCACUUAUGGAUGACAAUGUGAAAAAGAAGAACUUGCCAGUAUAUUUUGCCGGUAUGUUCUUUGUGAAAAUCCUUGGACCAAUCAUCGGGCUUCUCGUCGGCAGUGGCCUCAAUCGGGUCUACGUGAACUUUGAUCCUCCCCAAGGCCUCUCACCGCUCGAUCCGGCGUGGAUCGGUUGCUGGUGGCUCGGCUUUUUCAUCUUCGGCAUUUUACUCCUUUUCCCGUCUAUCGCCUUAUUCCUAUUCCCAUCCGGCACAUUGAGCGAAGAAGAGGAGGCAGCUGAGGCGAAAGCGGCCGAGAAUGGAACCGGUCCAAAGAAACGUCGUCUAAACCUUGUCGACAAGCACGUUCGCAAGCGCUCCGAUGGAAAAGCUUUCAUGCCGGAAACGGUCGAGGACAAAGUUAGAGAUUUCUUCAAGACGAUUUAUUCGGUGCUAAAAAGUCCAAUCUACACGGGAUCACUCAUCGGUCGGAUUCUCGACGUUUUCGCUUUCAAGGGCUUUUUCGUGUUCCUCGGCAAGUACAUGGAAAUCCAGUUCGGCAUCCCGCAGCACCGAAUUCAACAAUCCAUGGCUGUCUCCGGAGUUGUCGGCUUUGCGAUCGGCGUCGGAACGGGGGCCUUUGCGAUGCGAUAUUGGAAGCUACAGGGCCGAAAAGCGGCCGGCUGGGUGGGCGUGUGCUCCCUCGUUGCCGCGUGUCUUUCUUUUCUCAACGCUGGUGUUGGAUGCAAUAGUGUGCUCGGGGACAUUGGGAAACAGUCAAUUCUCAACAACAAUACGUUCCCGAUGUGCCGACCGGAUUGCGUCUGCGACACGAUGCCCUUGUACCCUUCAGUCUAUUACCGCAAUCCA